AUUGUUUACAAACAAGCGUCUCUUAUUCAUGCUGACUGCAAGAAGUACAUUUGCAAAACUCGGCAAUAUAAUGAGUGGACAAGCAAAGAUUUCUACAUUUUUUACGUCGAAAGGAAAAAAUAAUCUCGAAAAGACGAAAGAUGAAAACACACCUCCAAAAAAGAUGCGACUUGAUGCUGACUCCAGUCCUGGGAAGUUGACACCGCCUGGGGAUGAUAAAAAAAGUUCACCCCUAAGCCCGGAGCAAAAACAGAGGAUGGCUGAGAAUCGUGAGAAAGCUCUGGCCAAACUACAUGCCAAGCAGCCAGCCAAGCAGCCAGCCAAUCAGACGGCUCCAUCUCAGACAGACACACUGCUGGUCAACGUUGGGGAAUCCUGGAGAACUGCCCUGGAGGCUGAGUUCAGUAAAACUUAUUUUGCAGAGCUCACCCGGUUUGUGUGUGCAGAGAGAAGGAAGGGCACAGUUUACCCAUCUCCGGAGAAUGUGUUUUCCUGGACACGGGCCUGCCCUCUUGAUCAGGUAAAAGUGGUUAUUUUGGGACAGGAUCCCUACCAUGGACCAAACCAGGCACAUGGCCUGUCAUUCAGUGUACUGCCGGGUGUUCCCGCUCCGCCAAGUCUGGUGAACAUGUACAAGGAGUUGGGGAAAGAUAUUGAGGGAUUUAAGCGACCCGACCACGGCUACCUCCAGGGUUGGGCAAAACAAGGAGUGUUGAUGCUAAAUGCAGUGUUGACAGUGCGAGCCCGGGAUGCAAACUCUCACAAAGACAGAGGCUGGGAGAAGUUGACAGACGCUGUAAUCGCGUACCUUAACAAAAACAAGGAUGGGCUUGUCUUUGUUCUUUGGGGGUCGUAUGCUCAGAAGAAGGGGGCGCACAUUGAUAAGAAAAGACACCAUAUCCUGAAGGGCGUGCACCCCUCCCCACUCUCUGCCCAUCGGGGAUUCUUCGGAUGUCAACAUUUUUCCAAGACUAAUGAGUUUCUACAGGAAACUGGGAAACCCCCAAUAGACUGGUCACACCUGCCCCGUGAUAUCGAGUGAACCAGUCAGUUGUGCAUAGACUGGGCCUAUACAGACUAGGACUUGAAAAUUGACAUAAACCAGUCGACUCCAUGUUCGCUUAGCCUAUCAGCUUUGUUGCACUUUGAACUGAAUAGUCAACAUUAUGUUGUGGCUGACAGAUUAUAAAAGCUGCCAUGUACAUUGUAGACUGUUUGUUCUCAGACAGGUCAUAUGUUAAAAACGUUUCAGAUGCAUACAAUUUAUCUUAUGCUGUAAACUGUAAACAUGACCUUAUAACUGACUUCUACAAUAAUUUGGCUUUGGCAAAAAAGGAAUUUAAAUUUGUCAGUUUUGCCUGUUUUUCAAAGAAAAAUAGGGGUGAAAAACAGUGCAGUAAUGUCACAGCCUUUGCAUCAGGGGUAGCCUGCAUUUCAUGCAUUUGCAAUACUCUUGAUUUUGAUUGGAUCACACAUUAUAACAGAUAAUAAAAAAAAUGCUGUAGUCUUAGCAAAAUGACUGUUAAAUGCUUCCAGUAGGCGUGCUUGUUGUAAAGCUACAUGUAUACACAUUGGAAUAUGUGCGUAUUACCACACCAUUGUUUUAUGAUCCAAAACGUUAUAGUUAUUAGGUUUUUGUUUGUUAAAGAAAGGUAAAUUUACACCUGGCUUCUUAAAACCGACAAUUUGCCGGUCUGGCCAGUUUUUGACAAACUUGACCAAUUUCAGUAACAGAAAAUGGUUAAAAAAUUAGACUGAUAUAUAUAUGUUCUUCUGUAUAUACUUCUGUAUAUAAUAAAUAUUCAGUCGAGCCAUUUCAAUUAAUUUAAGAUUAUGUAAUCAAAUUGAAAGUUCAUGAAAAUGUUUAAAAUUAGUGUACUAAACAAUGACUGUACAGUAAAGCUAAUUAUAAUGUUAAAUUUUCUGAUAUAUUGGUGUACUUUAAUGAUCUGAUUUAGUUAUUUAGCUGAAAUGAAAAUGAUUUAUACUAUUGACCAAAACUGUUUAUAGAGAAUAAAGCCACAUACAUAAAGUGACGAACAUUACCGAGAUUAUGCAAUCAGUUAUCGACAACCUGGAUUGUAACGUACAGUCGAUUUUCAACAAUUCUCAAUUAUCAGUUUUUCCUUAAUGCAUAUUUAUGUUCAUAACACACUUUAAUUCCAUGAAGAUGUUUUUUGUAAAUGAUAUUGACAUAGUUGAACAUUUUAGGUUUAUGAUUUUGUCUAUAAUAUUUUUUUAUCUUUUUAUCGCCCCUAACACAUACAUUGUACAAAGACUCAUACUGUAUAGAAAUAUAUUUUGUUUUAAUUUUUAAGUUUCUUCUUUUCUUGUCAAUUUAAAACCAAUGAUUUUUCUUGCAAACAUAUUGAACUGGACCCUUUUGAAUGGUAAAAUAAGCAGUUUCAAAUAUGGGGAAAUUGAGAUUAUGCAAAAAAUAAUAUAACAGAUUAAAUGACAAAACAUCAGGCCAUCUAAUCAAUAAAUUUGUGUACAAUAAAAUAUCAAGAUCAUGAAAUUCAGUUGAAUACUUAGCUAGUGUCAGAAAUUGAAAUAAGAUAUGAAAGUAAACUAAAACAAUAAAUCAGUCAUAACAUUUUCAGUCUAUCUUUUCUUUAAAAAUUAUCUCAUUAUGACCAGGUUUAAACAAUUUAAUUUUUCGACAGUAGAUGGCACCUUUAUCCUUGACUUCGUUAAUUGACAUUUUUUAUACAAUUUAAAGUAUAUAAUAAACUAUUACAAUAGAAAAUCAAGCAGCUACAUGUACAUUGAGCAUAUGUACUGUUUAUCUUUCGUUUUGCAGAGGGAAAUAACAUGAUAUUAUUUUGGCGAGGGGGGAAAAUGAAGGUUUUUAUUCUUCUAUGUAUUUAAGCCUGAACUCGACAGCAAUUUGCAGGAAACAAAUUACUGUAAAACAGUAUUGUAUGAAUGUUGAAGAUAAAUAGUUGUUAUAAUUGUUUGUAUUGAAUAAACGAAGACAUUGGUUGUUGCAUGAUUUUUAAAUGCACAUUUAUGUUAAAUUGAAUUUAUUUUGAAUAAACAGAUUAUACUGUUAA